GAACACCGUUCCAAGGAUGAUGCUUAGUUGACAGGACAAGGGAGACCCAAACAGCAGACUGAAUGGUCCCAGCAUGCUUGCUGCCUUUUUGAAUUUGCACAGUGGCCGUCAGUCCCAGCCUUGCAGGUAAUGGAACCCAGCGGGAAGAAGGGGCGGGACCCAGCCUUGCAGCCUGAACUGAGAGCAAAUUUAAAUUACUGAGCUUUUUUUUUUUUUUCCUUUUUUAUUUUUCUUCUCUGCGACAAACUGAAAAGAUUCCAGCACGCUAAUUUAACCACCCUGCUUCUUCUUUGCGCCCCCCGUCUCCCUGCUUCCAGGAUAAUUAAAAGAGAAACCUGUAAAAGCUACAUUCCCGUGAGCGAGUUGGUGCUGCAACGUGCUGGUCAACACCGCUGCAGAAAGGAGUGAUCUGGGCCCCCAGGUAAGGGCAGCCUAUUCUGCAGACCCAAGAGAGACUGCCGUGGAGUUAGCUGGAAGUCCACCAAGUAACGGCACAGCCAACAAGAUGAACGGAGCUUUGGAUCAUUCAGACCAACCAGACCCAGAUGCCAUUAAGAUGUUUGUCGGACAGAUCCCCCGGUCGUGGUCGGAAAAGGAGCUGAAGGAACUUUUUGAGCCUUAUGGAGCUGUCUACCAGAUCAACGUCCUCCGGGACCGGAGUCAGAACCCUCCCCAGAGCAAAGAUGCAUCAUCCCAUCCAGAUGAAACCUGCAGAUAGUGAAAAAUCCAACGCUGUGGAAGACAGAAAAUUGUUCAUAGGAAUGGUUUCGAAGAAAUGUAAUGAGAAUGAUAUUAGAGUGAUGUUUUCUCCGUUUGGCCAAAUAGAAGAAUGCCGGAUUCUCCGGGGACCCGAUGGACUGAGUCGAGGCUGUGCGUUUGUCACAUUUUCUACAAGGGCAAUGGCACAGAAUGCAAUCAAAGCCAUGCAUCAGUCUCAGACCAUGGAGGGCUGCUCCUCACCUAUCGUGGUGAAGUUCGCUGACACUCAGAAGGACAAGGAACAAAGGCGCCUCCAACAGCAGCUUGCACAGCAGAUGCAACAGCUCAACACUGCCACCUGGGGGAACCUGACAGGGCUGGGCGGACUUACCCCACAGUACCUGGCGCUUCUGCAGCAGGCCACCUCCUCCAGCAACCUGGGUGCAUUCAGUGGCAUCCAGCAAAUGGCUGGCAUGAAUGCUUUACAAUUACAGAAUCUGGCAACACUGGCUGCUGCUGCAGCUGCUGCCCAGACCUCAGCCACCAGCACCAACGCAAACCCUCUGUCCACCACAAGCAGUGCCCUGGGAGCCCUCACAAGUCCCGUGGCUGCUUCAACCCCCAAUUCCACUGCUGGUGCAGCCAUGAAUUCCUUGACCUCUCUUGGGACUCUGCAAGGAUUGGCUGGAGCCACUGUCGGAUUGAACAAUAUUAAUGCACUAGCAGGUACCAUAAACAAUCUAAGAAACAGAAGACAUGUAUUUCAAAAAGAUAGCGAUGGUAUGGCGGCUCUGAAUGGAGGACUUGGCGCCACAGGCUUGACGAAUGGCACGGCUGGCACCAUGGACGCCCUCACCCAGGCCUACUCAGGAAUUCAGCAGUAUGCGGCAGCUGCAUUGCCCACUCUGUAUAGCCAGAGCCUGCUGCAACAGCAGAGUGCUGCAGGCAGCCAGAAGGAAGGUCCAGAGGGGGCAAACCUCUUUAUUUACCACCUUCCACAGGAGUUUGGAGACCAGGACAUUCUGCAGAUGUUCAUGCCCUUUGGAAAUGUUAUCUCUGCUAAAGUCUUCAUUGACAAACAGACCAAUCUGAGCAAGUGCUUUGGUUUCGUUAGCUACGACAAUCCAGUCUCUGCCCAAGCUGCGAUCCAGGCUAUGAACGGCUUUCAGAUCGGCAUGAAACGCUUGAAGGUGCAGCUGAAGCGCUCCAAAAACGACAGCAAGCCCUACUGACCCCGCCCAGGCCCCGCUCUUGUGUUAGCUUCCUUAGGACAUCUUCAUGCCCGUUAGUUCAUCGUUUGCCUAGCAUGUCCCUGUGGCGUCUCAAAAACAGUUUCAUCGUCCCGUCAUUGUUUCUGAUGUCUUUCUGACCUCACAUCACAUUUGGUUCUCCUACUGACCUUUGAUCUAGUUUGACCUUUGAAAUUUGCAUGUGACCUCAUCUAGCUAUAAAUUCUGGGAAGUCAAUGUGAAAACAUUGCUGCAUUCAUGCAAGACUGAAAUUAUUAGACAAAUUAUAGAAAAACACCUGUGGCAAAAUGUUUCUUUCUUUUUUUCUUUUCAUAAAACAGACUUGAAAGUAUUAUACAGGGAUUGGCAUUCUUCCCGGUCACUGGUAACAAUAGCAAUAUGUGUCCAGGGACACAGAAUGUUGGUUUCUAACAGACUACUUCCAAAAACAGUUUGAGAAAAAAAAAAAAAAAAAAACUGUCUGAUUUUAAGUCUCUAGAGGUCUGUAAUAGUUUUUACAUUUUUCAGGCAGUGUAAAGUUUUUUGAUAAGGCCAUUUUAGGUGGCGCACUUUCUCAUUAAGAUAUAUAUAGAGAACCACUUUUUGUAGAUUAGUAUAAGAAAAAUAUUUACCCUGUUUUGGGGCAAAUGCUACCUAUUUGUGUCACCUUUUGCUGAACUGACUCACAGUUAGACAAUCCAUGGUUUAAUGCACAUGAAAUUACCUAUAUUUUAUACUGUUCCAAUGUACAGGAGAAAGGUUACUGUAACUGUGUCACGUUGGUGCUUCUGUGAAUUAAGUUGUGGUUUCAUCAUGAGUCUUAAGGUCUCAGUGUUCUUUGUUGAUAAGACAAGUUUAGAAUUGGUUUACUUAAAACAAAAAAGAAUUUCAAAAAAAAAAAACUUGUUUGCUUAAAAAAAAAAUUUCAUGUGAGGAAAAAAAAAAAAAUCCUAUUCCAGAAUAAGCUUUGUGUUGGCUUGUGAGUGUUGGCGUCACUUUUUUUUAUUGUGGACUAUUUAGAUGUGUUUGUGUUCAGCAAAAUGUGAUCUUUUUUUUUUUUCUUUUAAAGAAAAAAAGUGAAAAUAUAUAGUGCCAAAUUCCAAAGGUACUUCCUUCCUAGAGCUUCAGUGUGUUUCUUGUGAGAAGUAAUUUGAUAACAUGGGUAUUUUAUUAUGUGUUUUGUAUAAAUCCCUAAUAUUUAAAAACAAAAAAAGGUUAAAAAGUUUGUUAACUUGCUAUUCUGUGGUCUUGUUGCCUGAAAUUGUUAUUGUUUGUUAUUUCUCUAUGGUGUUUUUUGUAAGACAUUGUAUAAGUGCCCAUGUCUCACUUUUUUAACCACUCUGCACAUCAAUGCUGUGAAGGCAACCUCACAAGGUAUUUUCUUCAUAAUAUAUGGAAACCUCUAAGGUGAGAAAGUUUUGAACUUCUAACCCUUUCUACCCAGAGCUAUCUGGAAUGUUGGUAACUUUUUAUAUGGUCAUCACUUGAGUUUGUUUUGGAGUGUUUCUAAUUUGGAUUUUUCCCCAUGUAAAUUAUCCUGAGUUCAUGUCCUUAAAUUGAGACCCUCCCUCAAAAAAAAAAAAAAAAACCUCUACAAGACAAAUUUGAAGAGCAAAACACUUUGAGUUGUUUUUGCCUGUACCACAUUUCUUUCCCUCGCUCCUGAGGUCUGUGGUCCUUAGUUUAAAUUUAAAAGAUUGGGUAAACCUUCUGAAGUUUAAAAAAAAGUACAUUUAUCCCCUAAAUAAACCUUUAAAAUGCUGUUUGCGUUUUGAGAUGGGUUUCAUGGUAUGUUCUAGUAUAGAAUAUUUUCAUAUGCCUGCAGUUAAAUGGUUUCUGUAGUGACAUAGUCUUUUGAGGAAUUUUGCUUUAUGUUUUUAAAAUACCCCUAAGUAAUGCUGAAUCAGCCAUUGUGGUAGGGAUCUGCUCGCUGCGGUGGACACCUGAGUGUGCGGUGUCUGCAGUGAGGGCCUAGUGGACACCUGAGUGCUCGGUGUCUGCAGUGAGGGGCCCAGUCGACACCUGAGUGUGCGGUGUCUGCAGUGAGGGGCCUAGUGGACACCUGAGUGCCUGGUGUCUGCAGUGAGGGGCCCAGUCGACACCUGAGUGUGCGGUGUCUGCAGUGAGGGGCCUAGUGGACACCUGAGUGCCUGGUGUCUGCAGUGAGGGGCCCAGUCGACACCUGAGUGUGCGGUGUCUGCAGUGAGGGGCCUAGUGGACACCUGAGUGCCUGGUGUCUGCAGUGAGGGGCCCAAUGGAUACCUGAGUGCCCGGUGUCUGCAGUGAGGGGCCCACAGUCCCUGCCUCUUUUCUAGUGUUUUGUUUUUUUAAUCGAGCACAUUUAAAGGGACUGAACAUAGAAACAGAGCUGAGCUCCAUUCUCUCCCACAGUCACUAACCAAAUACCCAAUACCAGUUCCUGCUGCCACUUUUUAAAGUGCCAUAUUCCUCUGCCUCUGGCUUUCUGUGGACAGAUGUCUUGACAGACCCUAACGUCAUGCACAGUCCCAACAGCACUGCAGCCUCUUCCGGGAGAGCAGGCCCUGCAAGCUACUGGUCUCAACUUCCUUUUCCUACUUAGUACACCCACCCUGUUUGCUUGAAUGUGUUUGUGGAUGGGAUAGCCCUGAGAUGGAAAGGAUUAGCCUCUAAUAAUGCAAAAAACAAAACAAAGUUUCCUUCUUAUAGCACAUGCACUUCUGAUGACAUGAUUUAUAUUAACUUCACACGUGUUUACUACUGCCGGGGCCUUCCUUCAUCCUUUGAGGGCUAUUUUGUACUUUCUGCAGCACUCAGCUUAGUAACAAAAGUGAUGGCACACAUUUCUCAGUCCCUGUUAUGUGGUUGUGUGUAGAUACACAUGUAGAAACAUAAGAGAAUACCAGUUGUAUUUCAUAAUUCUCAUUCUAGUCAUUCAUCAAUGACGUAAGUCCCAAAAAAUUGGAUUUUUUUUCCCCACUGAAGCAAACUGCCCUCCUUCCUCUUAACCCACCUGCAUGCCCCACCUCCCCCCCAGAGGAAAACAGUGUGGUGGCCAGGAGGCUCAGGCAGGGCAGGCACUUUCAGUUGAGUGUUUCUGAUUUUGCAGGCAACCAAGACAGUACAUUUAGUGGGAGUUUCUUGUUUCUGCGUGUUUCAUUGUUAGAUAACCUUUCUCAGACACAAACUGUCCUCUUAUCUUUCAAUAUCAAAAGGAAAAAGCUGCAAGGGAGCAAAGGGCCUGUGCCAGGAGACCAAGCACAGGGAAACCGCGUUUUCCAAAAUCAAGUGUAAGAGUAGUCUUUUUAAACUAAGUCAUAGAAAUGUGAUAAAAUGCAGUCCCCAAAGGCGUAACAAGUUCAUCCUUCCUUCACCAUAGGGGUUCUAGUUCUUUGGCUUGUGCUACUCUGGAAACAUUUUACUGUUCUGUUUUUAUUAUAUUAAGUGCUAAUUAAAAAGAAAUAAAGUUAAAAACUGUAGUUUUCAUUACCUUUUGAAUAAUGUCAUACAAAAAAUGUAUUUGUGUUUUUUUGUGCCGUGAGAAUUGUUGUUUGUAGAUUAAUAAUAUCAUUUUGUUUAGAAUUACAAAAUAGUUUUUAAAUAUUGUCUGAGAAAAGCCAAAGUUAAUGCAACCUAGUGGAAACUGUAAGACCAUUUGAGUAUUGUUUCUGUUUAUUGAUGCAUUUGGAUUUUGUUGUUUGAUGGAAUUUGAGCCAAAAAAAAAAAAAUACGCAGGCUUUCCUAUUUCUACAACUGAUUGUACUUAAGCAUUUUGUACCAGUGGAACUUUUUAUACUGGAGAUUAAAAAUAAUGGAAAUUUUUGUGGCUUACUCUUGUGGGCCCCUGACAAUGACUGAUUUCAAGUUUGAUUUCUGGUUGAUAGAAAGAAAGUUGCUUUUCCUUUAAGAAUUAAAAACUUUGGCUUGAUUUCUUUUUGCCCUUUGCUUAUAUCUAGCAUUAGAAUUUUGUCUUAAAAUACAGCAGUAAGUUUCACUUUUUAUUAUGUAUUGUGCAGUUACACAAUAAGAUAAUUAGAUUUAGAAGUACUCAGUCACUUUAAGUGGAUAAAUGUAUUAGUUAAACUUUAGGAGUUUGCUUUUUUGCUGUUUAGAUCAGAGUUUUUUCUGACCCUUUUGUCCUCAUUGUGAACAUAACCGUGUAGUUGAAACAGUCAGACUUAUUUUUGUAAUGUAUGUUAUUGUGUGAUGCGGUUUUUUGCUUCUGUCUCCAAUAUUAAACCAUUUUCCUAAUA